AUGCGCAGUAUUCAACAGCGCCAGCGUCAUGCACCGCGUGCUCGCCUUCCGCCGCUCAGCUGGCAGGAGGACUACCGGCGGCAGGCUCACGGUGCGAAAUUGUCACUCCAGCUGAUUGAAAAAUGGGAGAGAAGAUUGGAGGGGAGGCGGAGAGUGGGGGGGGGGGGGGGAGGAGGAAUGCGAACGCUACGCUACGCGGUGGGAUGUUGUGGCUCGUUUGACUCUGCUCUCCACUCUGCCGCCUCUCUGCAUCUAACAGUCGCAGUCUCCGAUCACGUCAGCAACAGGGUACUAGGAAGUCUGGAAUCAGCGCGCACCCUUCAGGGAAAGUUGGUGUUGUCAUGCUGUUGUGUGUCUUUCCGUUUUGGGUUUUUUGUGAUAGAUUCCCUCGCCAUCUUGGCCACGAUUGGAAACGCCUUCGUGAUAGUUCGGCGAACCGUGGCCUCAUUGAAGUGGCCCUUAUUCUGCACCUCUGCGGCAGAUGGCGGAGAACUUAUCCUUGCGCUGGGAGGAGCCACCGAGGACAUGAGCAAAGCACAUAAGGUCACAUGUAAAGGAGAUUUUCGAAGACAAGGCACCAAGUCGCUUCUUCAGCUUUGCGCGGAGAUCUUCGUAGGCUUUCAUGAUAUGAAGAUUCGUCAGGGUACAACUCAGCAUGGCGAAUAG